AAGAAAGAAUAGCAGGAACACGGCUGAUUUCAAGUCUCAAUCAAUCUCUUUAAUUCUAUUUCAAGUGUUAAUUGAAUCUAUAAUCAAAGGUGACAAGUUGGAAGCAUUUUUGGUGAUGAUUGCUAUUGUUCGUUAACAAUGCAAACGAUUGGGUGUUAAGAAAGAUCAAAGAAAAGGAAAAAGAGGCAAGAAAGCUUAGUGUGGAUUUACUUGGAUCGUACAUAUUCACGAAAAAUAUUUCAGAUGUUUUAAAAAUUGAAAAUACGAGGGAGUAUAAUUGUGUUAAACACAAAACAUCUUCUAGUAAGUUUGGUGAUUGUGCUGCCUGAGAGCCCAGCACUGAAUGGCAUAUUUUUCAAGUGAAUCCAAAUCUUCUUAUAUUUCUUCAUUAAACCGUAAAUCACUUUUCUUACAAGAUUGGUGGCUAAUAAAGGUCCAACCGGGUUCCAAGUUAGGCGUUGGAGGUUUUGCAAACAAAGAGAAAGUAUGGUCACGAGGACGGCGAGUUUCUGGAUCUGUGUCUGCCGGUAAGAAUCAAAACCACAAUACUCUCGAAACGGGAAUUCAAGCUGUUUGUUCUUUACCGAUUGCCAAGAGGCUGGAUUACAUCACACUUGAAGCUGAAAAUGGUGUCAUAGUCAUGAUUAGUGGUUGCAUAAAUAGGUCGCGCACACUAUCUUUUGGCUUCUCUCCUGAAGUUUGUGAUCAUUUCCGUUUUGGAUUUCCAUCUAAUUGGAAAGAGUGUACUGCUAAAUCUUCCCAAGAGAAAUGUGCUAAUCUCCCAAAAAAGCUUUGGGAAAAAUGUGCUAAAACAAAAGAAAGAUCUUUCCCUGAAUCGUUUGAUGAUCUCCCAGUCACUCGAGUACAGGAUUUAUUGUUAACUACUGAGGAAUCCGAAUCUUCUGUUUUUACAUGCAUAUAUAGGAAUAUCUUGAAACAAUGUACUCAAGACUCUUUUAAUCAAAGUGCUUCUUCAGUCAGAUCUGACAAGGAAAUCUCCAUGAACUCAAAGGAAGCUGAACUUGAUCAUAAUCCAGAUGGUGAAGACGGCUUGGAAAAUUCUAAGGAAACUGAAAGUGAGUAUAAACAAAAGGAGGAUGAUUAUACAUUAAAUGAAACCCCCAAACUCACUAAAAUAGCUCGAGCGAAUGAAAGGAACACAACCAGAGUGUCAGGACAUAAGCGAAAUCCAACGAGCCCGCUUAAUCAAUAUCAACUAAGAUCUGCACGAACAAGCAAAAGUUCUUGAAGGCAAAGUUGAGAUGAUUGAUUAAACAGCUUAGUAUGUGUAGAUUCGAGUGCAUAACUGAAGAAAUUGUAACUUUUUUUUGUUGAUGCAUCAAAUCCACUGGCUCAGGACAUAUUAUGUUUGGUUAUGUACUUAUGUUGGGGUUUUUACUAAACAUAUUAUUAAAUGCAAGAUUGAGAGGCAUCUUAUGGA